CCUAGGGAGGGAAAAGCCGCUCCAUGACCACAACAAAGAUGGCGAAAUCUGCUUAGAGCUCGUGCUACAUAGGGGUUACGUAAGCCGGCGUGCUGCAAACCAGCGCGGGGCUGCUCUGGAUAGGUUGUCGCUCUGCGGGCUGCAGCACGCAGACUUCGGCUGGACGGGGUUGUGGGCGCAGCUGUUGCUGUCUGAGAGCUUCAGGUUCUCCGACCUGCCUUCACUGGUUUGUGUCGCGAGCCAGACUCACUUUCAACUUGCUUUGCCCCCUAUGUGUUGGAGAAUCAGUGGUGCUUGAUAGAAUUGACUUCACACGAGACACUUAAGUCACAGCUGCCAAGAAGUAUGAUUUGCGUGAGACGUUAGUUUACACAGGUGUUAGACUUACCUGUCCUAGCAGCUGCUACCAAUGUUUGAUAACUGAAGGGGCCAGGCCCUGAAGGGGAGGGCUAAGAACCGCAGAUCUUAGGGACUCUGAGAAGCCACUGCUGUGCAGUAUACCUUGGGAAGCGUUCAUGUGCUGGCAGCCCCAAAGGGAGCAGACACCAGGGACUUUGAUGCCAUGCAGCAGAAGGCCCAGUUAUUUCUCCGAGCUUUCAUGUAUAGUGUUCCUCGCCUUGGGAAGUGCAUGCAGAAGCAGCAUUUGAAUCACUGUCCCUUCGCUGAUCACUAUUAUAGUAGAGUAAAACUGAGAAAGUACCACCUAAACGAGUGUCUGCAGAGUAAACCCAAGAUCUCAGAGUUAGCAAGAAACAUCCCAAGGCGGAGCUUCUCGCAUAAGGAUAAUCUGCCUAUUAAACAAGAAAACGAAAAAUCCCCUUCAGAAAAUAUGGAUGCAUUUGAAAAAGUGAGAACAAAAUUAGAAACACAGCCACAAGAAGAAUACGAGAUCAUCAACGCAGAGGUUAAGCAUGGUGGUUUUGUGUAUUAUCAGGAAGGUUGCUGCUUGGUUCGUUCCAAAGAUGAAGAAGCAGACAAUGAGAAUUAUGAAGUUUUAUUCAAUUUGGAAGAACUUAAACUAGACCAGCCCUUCAUUGAUUGUAUCAGAGUUGCUCCAGAUGAGAAAUACGUGGCUGCCAAGAUAAGAACUGAGGAUUCUGAAGCAUCUACCUGUAUAGUUGUGAAGCUUAGCGAUCAGCCUGUACUGGAAGCUUCUUUCCCAAAUGUGUCCAGUUUUGAAUGGGUCAAGGAUGAAGAAGAUGAAGAUGUUUUAUUCUACACCUUCCAGAGGAAUCUUCGCUGUCAUGAUGUUUAUCGAGCAACUUUUGGUGAUAACAAACGUAAUGAACGUUUUUACACAGAAAAAGACCCAAGCUAUUUUGUUUUCCUAUAUCUUACAAAAGACAGUCGUUUCCUCACCAUAAAUAUUAUGAACAAGACCACUUCUGAAGUGUGGCUGAUAGAUGGCCUGAGCCCUUGGGACCCACCAGUACUUAUCCAGAAGCGAAUUCAUGGGGUCCUUUACUAUGUUGAACACAGAGAUGAUGAACUGUACAUUCUCACUAAUGUAGGAGAGCCUACAGAAUUCAAGCUAAUGAGAACAGCAGCUGAUGCCCCUGCUAUUAUGAAUUGGGAUUUAUUCUUCACGAUGAAGAGAAAUACCAAAGUGGUAGACUUGGACAUGUUUAAGGAUCACUGUGUUCUUUUCCUGAAGCACAGCAACCUACUGUACGUUAACGUGAUUGGUCUGGCUGAUGAUUCAGUUCGGUCUCUAAAGCUCCCUCCUUGGGCCUGUGGAUUCAUCAUGGAUACAAAUUCUGAUCCAAAGAACUGCCCCUUUCAGCUUUGCUCUCCAAUACGUCCCCCAAAAUAUUAUACGUAUAAGUUUGCAGAAGGCAAACUGUUUGAGGAAACUGGACAUGAAGACCCCAUCACAAAGACUAGUCGUGUUUUACGUCUAGAGGCCAAAAGCAAGGAUGGAAAAUUAGUGCCAAUGACUGUUUUCCACAAAACGGACUCCGAGGAUUUGCAGCAGAAACCUCUCUUGGUUCAUGUGUAUGGAGCUUAUGGGAUGGAUUUGAAAAUGAAUUUCAGACCUGAGAGACGGGUUUUGGUGGAUGACGGAUGGAUAUUAGCCUACUGCCAUGUUCGGGGUGGUGGUGAGCUAGGCCUCCAGUGGCAUGCUGAUGGCCGCCUAACUAAAAAACUCAAUGGCCUGGCUGACUUAGAGGCUUGCAUUAAGACGCUUCAUAGCCAAGGCUUUUCUCAGCCAAGCCUAACAACCUUGACCGCUUUCAGUGCUGGAGGGGUGCUUGUGGGAGCAUUGUGCAAUUCUAAUCCGGAGCUCCUCAGAGCUGUGACUUUGGAGGCACCUUUCAUGGAUGUUCUCAACACCAUGAUGGACACUACACUUCCUCUGACAUUAGAAGAAUUAGAAGAAUGGGGCAAUCCUUCAUCUGAUGAAAAACAUAAGAACUACAUAAAACAUUACUGUCCCUAUCAAAAUAUUAAACCUCAGCAUUAUCCUUCAAUUCACAUCACAGCUUAUGAAAAUGAUGAGCGUGUACCUCUGAAAGGAAUCGUAAACUACACCGAGAAGCUCAAGGAAGCUGUCGCAGAGCACGCCAAGGACACGGGUGAAGGCUAUCAGGCCCCGAAUAUUAUUUUAGAUAUUCAGCCUGGAGGCAAUCAUGUGAUUGAGGAUUCUCACAAAAAGAUUACAGCCCAAAUUAAAUUCCUGUAUGAGGAACUUGGACUUGACAGCACCCGUGUUUUCGAGGAUCUCAAGAAAUACCUAAAAUUCUGAAAUGCCACAUUCAGUUGGAGGUUGAAAACACACUGAAAUAUUUUAUAGUCUUAUUUCCACUUAGAUUAGCAAAAGUGAGAUUUUUUUUUUUCAGUUAUUAAAUAAUUUUUAAAAACUUGCUUCUCCAUCCAGAUUUUGCUUAGUCUGGUCUCACUGGCUUAUCCUGUGCUCUCCAUUGAUGCACAUUGAUGUCACUCAACCUAGGCAGGUUCACCCAUGCUCCUCAGAAGCAUGGAGAAGGAGGCGAGGAAAGGGUUGGGGACAGCCCACCCCUGGGCCUCCCUUCCAAUUGGAGUGGCUUUGUUUUGUGCCUAUUUUACUAGGAUUUUCUUUGACGUUUACAAAUCAAUGUCGUGCCUUUGUGCCCGUGAGCAUUUUUAGAUACUGUGGCAGUGAGUCAUUCUCCAGUUUCCAUGACUGUAUUUUAAGGAAGAAGGUUCACAUUUAAAGUCAGUAGAGCUUUCAAAUAAUCUGAGGUCUUAAAGUGUUCUGUUCAUCACGUAUUGAUGCUAUCGAUAAAGCUACAAGUUUCUACAAUUAGUAAUUUCCUUUGAAACAUAUUUAUUAUUCUUUGAAAAGAUUUGGGAAGCUUUCCUAACGCAGAAGUACCUAAUGGCCACUCCUAGUGCUGCCCUAGCCACACGCUGCUAAUGCUUACAGUGCCGCGGGUGCCGGUGUCUCCGUCCUCUCGGUGCCUAACAGGAGCUGUACAGUAUGUCUAGUGCGCUGGAGUAGCAUGCUCGAUUGGAGAUGAAGCAUCUGUCUCUGAAAGCUGUUUGGUGGUGCAGGAGGUUCUUCAUUUUGUGUUCAAGGACGACUCCCUCUCCCCUCUCAAGAAAGAUGCCUCUCGUAUCAACCUGGCUGCCUUUGGAGGCAGAAUUGGUACUUAAUUUUAUGCUCAGUCUUACAGGGAGUCCUGAAAUCAUUUCCUGUAGAUUCAGCAGUGUUGAUUCUCCAAAAUUCAGAACCACAAUAAAGACUCUGUCUAUGCCAUCCAGCUCUCUUGUGUACACCAAAACGUGGCUGUCAUUCCUCACAAGACAAAACCAGCCCCUGCUAAGAAGCAGUUCAUCGGCAUGAAGUAGGCUUAAAGCUUGAUACAACUUCAAAGCUGAUGUGGGCUGGGUCUUCUGGACCUGUUUUUUAAAAAGAAUGUUUACAUAAAUGUUUGAUUUUAAGGAAUUUUUUAAAAUGCUUUUUUAUCUCCCAAAACUUGCUUCAGUUUUAUCCCUUAAAAUACCAAACUGUAAGCAUUAAUUAGCAGAUAAGAGUUUGUACAUAAACUGAUAGAAAUGGCAAAUUUUCAGGUUUUCAACUUGUCUCGGAGUCAGUGCAGUACGCACAGUACUCUUACAUUGGAAAGCUACCAUAGAGACCAAAUUUGACUCCAAUUUAGGAAGCCUAAAACAAGGGUUUUUGACUUGCCUAAAUAUAGUCACUCUUACACUGUAUCGUAACUGCCAAAUGACUGAGAGGAAAGCAGCUGCCAUGGUAGUGAACUCAGAACUUCGGGUGGAUUCGGACUUAUCUGUUCUCUUUGUUAGAUUAUUUGUAGUUGCUAUUAUGCAAAGAUCAUGUAACUUCAGCAGAUGUAUAUUUCUUGCAUACCUAAUGAUGAAAUGGAAAGUUAAAAAACACUGCCAAAAUUGUACAUUUUUCUGUUUUUUUCCAUGAAAGGUGGUUUGGCUUAUAUAAAAUAUGCAUAAUUUAGUGUCAUUUUUUUCUUGUUUUUUGUUAAAUAUCUCAAGGGUUGUCCCAUUAUUAUCUCACCUCUAUAUAUGUUACCUUAAUAGCAGGAUAUACUCUCCUGAAUGGUUGUACCAUACUUCACCAUUCCCUACAUUUGCAUUUCUAAUGUUCUUAUUUUUUUUAUUCUUUCCCCAUAUUUUGAAUUUAUCGAGGAUUGUCAGGCAAUUACUACGUCAAAGAAUAUGGACACAUGAUGAAUAAUGCCAAAUUAUUCUUCAUGAGAGCUGUUGCCAAAUCAGUGGUAAUGUUCAUUGCAUUGUACUCUUGCCAGCCAUGUUUCCUGGGGUUGGGGAGGUUGUCGUUGCUGCUGUUAUUGUUCUUUAGAGGUGGGUGCCUCAUGUGUGGUCUUUAGUAAAUAUCUAAUACAUGUCUGAAAAAAAUGUUUGUUCUGUUUACCAGGUACAAAAGUAUUUAUCUCUCAUUGUCUGUAGCCUUAGAUAAUGCAUGAAAAGCACAUAGUUCAAUGCCACUCAGAAGUGCCCAGUAAGUAUUAGUUGUUAUAUUUGUCUACUUAAUUUGUCACUUUCUAGAAGUAUGUUGAAGUCUCCCUGUAAUUGUGGGUUUGUUGAUUUUGCAUUUCUCAGAGUACUUGUUUUAUAUAUUUUGAAGCUAUUGUUAGGUUCAUAAAGGAUUACUGAUUUUUAGUGAAAUGUUCUUUUUUCAAUUUUUGAAAAUUGCCUUUGUCUCAUAUAAUGCUUUUCAUAUUGAAUUCUAUUUUGUCUGCUAUUAAAUAUUUCCAAGCCUGCAUUUUGUAACUUUAUUUUUUGACUGGGAAUUGCAUGCAUACUGUAUACAAGUCAAUUCCAAGAAGAAUAUAUACAAUAAACAGAUUUUCUCCAGUCAUUUCCUAGCUUCCCACUUCUCUUCCCAGAGGCAUGGCAUUGCUAUUUC